UUACGCUUUGCGCCAUGGAAUACCGAACCCAUCUCAAUCGGGGCGCGACCACCAUCAUUGACAGUCCUCAUUGAAUGUUUACUCGCCAGCCCAAACUAGGCCAUCUCUAAACAUCGGCUUCUGUACUGCGUAUCGUUCUCUGUUAUUAUAUUGGCAACUUUCUACCGUCAUCGCCGGCUGGGUUUUUCCUUCUCAGUCCGCAAUGGCGUCAAGUAAGGCUUCGCGCCUGGGGGAGGAGGUUUGGAAGUAAGAAGCGCACCUACAGCCGCAUCAAACCCCGCUAUUGCUGACCGCGCCAGGACGCGGAUGGACAAGGUCAACUCCGAGCUCGUCGUCCUCACAUACGGCACCAUCGUCGCGCAGCUCUGCAAGGACUUUGACAGCGACUAUGUCGAGGUCAACAAGCAGCUGGACAAGAUGGGCUACAACAUCGGCCUGCGCCUGAUCGAAGACUACCUGGCCAAGUCCAAUACCGUCAGACGGUGCGCCAACUUCCGAGAGACCGCCGAGAUGAUUGCCAAGGUCGGGUUCAAGAUAUUCCUCAACAUCACACCGACAAUCACAAACUGGACGAGCGACGGCAAGCAGUUCUCGCUGGUGUUUGACGAGAACCCCUUUGCCGACUUCGUCGAGCUGCCCGACGACGGCCGCGCCCAGGACGAGCUGUGGUACUCCAACAUCCUGUGCGGCGUGCUGCGAGGAGCGCUGGAGAUGGUCCAGAUGCAGGUGGAGGCCCACUUCGUCAGCGACGUGCUGAGGGGGAAUGACACAACCGAGAUGCGCAUCAGUCUAAUACGGUACAUUGACGACGAACUCCCGCCAGAGGAUGACUAGUCGUUUGCGAGACUUCGCACAACGAAGCCGCCUGAUACGUCGGUCUUGCGGAGGCCAUCCAUGCAGCCCGACGCGGCCAUCUGGCCGCAACAGGGAGGGGCCCCUUUAGACGGCCAGCCCGGGCUACGGUGGGCAAGCGACGGCCAUCUCUUGACGGGACACUAACCCACGACGCAGCGUUGCGCUUCGGCAGUGAUGGACAUGCCCACCGGCCCCGGUGUUCGUGCGGGCCUACAUGGGGAGUCGGCUGAGAAGAGUUCAGGGGCCGCCGAACCCGAUCGGGCCGGGGCCUCUUU